UUUAAUUGUCAAACAAAUAAUUUUAAUAACAUUUUUAAUAAUGGCUUUAAAAUGUCCAUGCAAAAAUGCUUCCUCAACCUCGCAAGAACCGAAAGAUCAAACUUUUGCAAGUUAUACAACAAACUUGAGCACCCCGAGUAUUGAAGAAUCGGAAAUUUCCGAACCCGACGAAACUGUGUCGUAUAUUUCGGAAACUUCUUGGCCCGAUGUAGAAAUUCCAGGUUCUUGGGGCCUUUAUGGUUUAGAAGAAAACCCAUGGUGCGAUGAAAGUAAACCUUUCGUAAAAAUAAGAACUUUCGAGGAAUUAGAAUUAAAUGAAGACGAAAAAAAUGGUAUUUUGUCCGAACGAAUGGUUGCUUGUUGCUCAUCGUACAUGGAUCGGUCCCCUAUCGUUGGAAAAUAUGUUUUAUGUAAAACAGAUUUAAGCGAAAAAAGCUUAGAAGAUAUUUCAGUUUUAACUUUUCACCAUUAUCUUCAAUAUGUGAAUUUAUCCAAUAACAAAUUAAUCGAUUUAAAGCCGUUGGGUGAAUUACCAUACUUAAUGUACUUGGAUGUUUCCCACAAUUUAUUAACGCAAGUACUUAAUUUUAAACCACCAUUUAAUUUAACCUAUGUGAAUUAUUCAUAUAAUUUGGUGGAUGUAAUCGAUGAUUUAACCGAUUUUUGGUCGAUGAUUUAUUUAGAUUUGUCCCAUAAUCAAAUUUAUUACAUAAAAGGAUUGGAAAAAUUAAAAUAUCUCCGUUAUUUGGACUUAUCGUACAAUCAAAUAAAGGAAUUGCGAAAUUUAAAUAAUAUGAGGCUUGUUAAUUUAGAUUUAUCAAAUAACCGAAUCGAUAAAGUGAUCAUCGAUGACGAAAACGGAUUACAUAACUUAAAAAAUUUAGUCUCAAUUGAUUUAUCAAACAAUAAAUUAAGAAGUUUUAAAUUAUUCAAAAACGUCGAUGCGAUACAAAAAAUUAUUAUGACUGGAAAUCAAGUUCUGCAUUUAAUCGAAUUGGAAUAUAUCAAAAAUUUGAGGUUUUUAAUCGAAAUUGAUUUCCGAGAUAACCCAAUUUGUAAACAAAAGAGGUAUUAUGAGAUGUGUAUCCAAUUGGUAAAGCCGUUAAUUUUAUUGGAUGGGGCUUAUAUUAGUUCAGAAGAGAAAGUUUUAGUUUAUUCUAAACACGAACCUCCACCUCAAAUCGAUGCUGCAAGACAACGAUCGAAUUUGUUUUUAUUAGAAAAAUUGAUGAAACACGAUUUAGUAACGAAUACUUUACCAAUUUCAAAACCGGCCCCCCCAAUAAUUGUUUUAGUGGGCCCUCAAGGCUCCGGGCAAAGAACAUUGUUAAAACAAUUCUCUGAGAAAUAUCAAAAAUAUUUAAAAGUUGCUGUAUCACACACGAAUAGGCCUAAAAGAGAUUCGGAAAAUGAAGGUGUCGAUUAUUAUUUCGUGGGAGAUGAUGAGUUCAAAAAGAUGUUAAAAGAGGGGCAAUUCAUGACCGUCUCGGAAUAUAUGGGGUACUCAUACGGUUUACAUCGCGAUGAAAUCGUUAAAGUUUACAACAAAAAAUUGGUUCUAAUGUUCCACACCGAUUUGGUCUCUGCCCUUGUUCUACGAAUGCGAAGUUUAAAACCGAUUUUAGUUCUAACUAUAUGUUUUGAAGAGGAAAAGCAUUACGAAAGAUUAAUUAAUCGAAUAUGUUGCAUUAAAUGGAAAUCUUUUUUUCGCGAUAAUCGCAAUUUUUAUCGGAUUUCACCCAUUGGGGUACCGCAAGACGAGGAAAGUGAAGAAGAAGAGGAGGAGGAGGAGGAGGAAUUAUUAGAUACGGCUACACUUAAAGAAUGUUAUGAAGAUAUUGUUAAUUACUUACCGAUUCAAGAAAAAACACUCGUCAUUAACGAAAGAACAACAACUAUAAGUGAUUCAACUCAAUCUUCUAAUUCACCAACAAAGCAAUUAUAUCAAGUUGAAGAAGAAUACGAUAAAACCGAUAAUGCGGCUCGAAGUGUUAGUGAAGAAAUUGGUCCUGAUCGCCCGAAUUUAAGCGCUUUAAGUGGACAUUUUUUUCAAGACGAUGACGACGAUAUUACAACACCAACAACUUCUCUUGGUAAUCCGGAACGCAACCUAGAAAAAUUUAUUGAGGAUGUGAUGGAGAAUCGUCGAAAAUACUUGGAUUUUCACCAGGAAAAUCCGGGUUUCUUUCUUUCCGUUGUAUUCACCGAUCAACCUGAGGAAGCUAUGAAAACGUUAAAAGGAAUUUUAAAGUAUCAAGUUGAAAGGAAGAAGGAGCCGAGUUUUGCAUAUAGUUAUGAGGCGGAUCCGUGUUUUGAGGCGAUGUUAACUGAGAGGUUGAAUGUGUUGUACUCGGAUAUGUACGGGGAGAUGUUUGUUUCCGAAGAUCAACAGCCGAAGUGCUGGAAAAAACAUAUUGUGCAUGAUUUGGAUAAAUAAAAUUGUUUAUAAUGAUUAGAAAACAAAAAAAAGAUUUAUUUUUAUGCAAACGAUAGAAUUGAUUAAGUAAAUCAAUAAAUGAGGUUAUGUUAAUGGAAGUUGGCCUUUUACUGUUUGUGGUAAUAGAAAUAACACUAAAACUAGAAUACGUAUAUCUUGAAUGUAUAAUGAAUGAAUCUAUAAACAAUAUUAUUAUAAUAUUUAUAUUGUCUAUUAUCGCCAACUUGUAAAAUAUGUGCAAUGUUGGUUGCAUAUCUUAUAAAAAAUAGAUUCUUGCAUUUUAAA